AUGGCGCCUCUACCCAUUGUCCGCUCCACCAACAUCAAGAACCUCACCUCCCGACCAAUCACUGCCGUGUUCAUAUCCGCCACCUCAGGUAUAGGCGAAGCUACCCUUCGGCAACUAUGCAAAGCCCAUGGGAAGAAUGGCAGAGGACUACGCAUCUACCUUGUAGCUCGAAACGAAUCUGUGGCGGAACUUAUCCUGGAUGAGUGUCGACAGGAUUGCCCUAACGGAGACUUUAGGUUCGUCAAAGUAGGCGAUUUGACGUUGUUGAGGGAUGUGGACGCUGCGUGUGAGAGUUUGAUCAAGAUGGAAAGAGGGAGUGGUGGGCUAGGAGAUGUAGAGGGAAGAAUCGAUCUUUUGGUUCUGACGCAAGGGUUUGUGAGGUUCGAAGACCCACUGUACACGGACGAAGGCAUCGAAGUCUCCAUGUCUCUCCUCUACUACUCCCGCAUGCGCGCCAUCACGGCCCUCCUUCCGCUCCUCACGGGCACGUCGGGGCACCCAGCCCACAUCAUCUCCGUCUACGCAGCCGGCAUGGAGAAAUCAGGCAAAUUCUUCCCGGACGACCUCUCCCUCUCCAAAGACCCAAAGGCGCACUACAGCUUCGCCAAUUGCCGCGCACAUUGCGUACACAUGAUGACCAUGUACUUCGAGUCCCUAGCCAAGCAACAUAUGGGAAAGCUAAGCCUCGUCCACGUCUACCCUGGACUGGUGAUAAGUCCGAAAUUCUGGGAUCCCUCGUUACCGACCUGGUUUAAAUGGGUCUGGUUUCUCAUGUAUCCCUUCGCAAACGCUUUCCUGAACACCAAACCUGAGGAAAGUGGACAGCGGACAUUGUUCUUCAUCGACUCGGAAAGAUUUCCUGCUCGAGGGAGUGGUGAGGACAAGGUAUCUGGUGGUGUAACCAGCACAGACCAGGUCCCAGGUGGUGGUGCGUAUAGCUGCAGUCACAAAGACGAGGUCUACGAUGUUUCCAAGUCGUACGUGGAGCUUCGGAAGCAAGGGUUCGAGGCAAAGGUCUGGCAGCAUACGCAGGACGUGUUUGCUGCGGUGGAUGGGCGGAGGAAAUUUCAGGCAUGA